AUGUACCAGCAGCGGACCGAGCUCGUCAUCUACCCGAAAAUUAACUGGCGCGACGGCGACGAGGGCGCGGCCGCGGGGGUGGCGCUGGUGAUCAUUCUCACCAUCGUCCCGCUCAUCUACGGCGUCCUGGCCCUGUGCGACCUUCUCUUCAAGCAGUGGAAGUGGCUGGAGGUCCUGCGCUCCAUCCGCGACUUUUUCUGGCGGCUCUGGACCAGCCCCUGCUGCCCUCCCCCAGAGGAUCUCGAGCGGGGCGAGCCCAUCGACGUCGAGUGCCAAACGGACGGCAACCCGCUGGUCGACCCGACCAAGUCGACCCUCAGCAGGCAGGACAUCCGCGAGGCCUUUGAGCUCUUCGACAAGGACGGCUCGGGUGCCCUGUCGCUGGCCGAGCUGCAGGACGCUCUCGCGAAGCUCGAGGUCGACGGAGACGCGCGCCCCGUGCUCAAGCGGUUUGAUGCCGACGGGGACGGCACGCUCGGGCUCGAGGAGUUUGAGGAGCUCGUGGUGGAGCUCGUCCGCCUCCGCCACGACGACGCGGACGACCGCGGCUCGAUGCGGAAGAGCCGCGCGUCCGAGGCGGCGCGCCUCUCCUCGAGCGGCUCUCCCAGACGCGCCGCGCGCGCCUCGCGCUGGAGCCACGCCUCGCGCACCUCGCGCAACUCGCUGCGCCGCAACUCUCGAGCCCGCGUCUCGGGCGUGGACACUGCUGCGCUGCUCUCUGACGCCGAGGCCAACGUGUGAGGACGGAGGGCAUCGGGUCGCGCUCCGCGGUCCCAUCGGACGCGGCGGAAGCUGCAGGCGCUCCCCACGCUGGCGACUCUUGAAUGCACCGCGCGGUGUGAAAUAUCCCGUAUUCAUGGCCCCCAGCCGCGCCGCUCGUGCUAGUGUGUGUGUGUGGGGGGGAGGGGUGGUGGAAGGGGCGUUCGCAUGUUUCUCCGGUGUUGACUGGGGGAAGUGGAGAGAGGUGAGCUGUGAAGUAUAAGUCUGCUUUCAGGGCAAAA